GCAGUUGUUACAGGGGGAAACGAAGGUAUAGGGUAUGAAAUAGGCAGGCAGCUAAUGGAAAAAGGAGUAAUGGUAAUUUUAACAGCUAGGGAUGAAAAAAGAGGCAAAGAAGCUGUUGAAAAGCUAUUGAGAGAAGAGUCUUGUUAUUAUCAUCAAAUGAAUCUUGUUGUGUUUCAUCAAGUUGAUGUUGUGGAUCCACAAAGUUUUUCCUCUUUGGUUGACUUCAUCAAAUCUAAAUAUGGAAAGCUUGAUAUUUUGGUAAAUAAUGCAGGAGUUAAUGGAUUAAUGGUAGAGGGAGACGUUUCAAUCCUUCCGGAGAUGAUAGAAAGACAAGCUACUCGAGGUUUAUGCAACACAACUGAGGAGGAUGAAGUUCCAAUCAAGUCAACUGGAAAAUUGAUAGAGAAUUUUGAAUGGGCAGAAGAAUGUAUAAACACUAAUUAUUAUGGAGCAAAAAGAAUGAUUGAUGGCUUUAUUCCACUACUCCUCUUGUCUCCUUCACCAAGGGUUGUUAAUGUUUCUUCUUUGCUUGGAAAGAUAAAGCUGGUAUCAAAUCAGUGGGCCAUAAAGACUUUAAGUGAUGGAGCAGGCCUUACAACAGAAAAAGUGGAUGAAGUACUCAAUGAGUUUCUUAUGGACUUCAAGGAGGGCCUAUUAAAGGAAAAGGGCUGGCUCACUGAUAUGGCCGCUUAUACAGUCUCAAAAGCAGUCAUGAAUGCAUACACAAGAAUUGUGGCCCAAAAGUAUUCUUCCAUAUGUGUCAACUGCAUUUGCCCAGGCUUUACCAAGACAGACAUUACUCGUAAUACUGGGCCUUUGACUCCACAAGAUGCUGCUGAAGGCCCAAUACUUCUGGCCCUUUUGCCUGAAGGUGGGCCUACUGGCCAGUUCUUUCAUCGGAAGAACGUUCCGAUAACAUUCUGAAAAGAAAAAAGUCCAAUUUAAGCGUUGCAUGAAACAUCAAAUGAACUUGUAAUAUUAUAUUUUAAAGAAUAGAAUUCUUCUAUUUCCCCUGAAAAAAUCGGAUGUUCAUUUGGCAUGAGCAGUGUACGAGCCCUUUCUUGA